AUGGAAAUGCUGGAUGAAACCUUUGGUCUUCUCGGUUCUCAAGAUAUAUCCGAUUCAAAUACCUAUACAUUGGGCCGAAUUGGGCAACACAACGUUGUGAUCGCCUGCCUCCCUGCAGGACAAUAUGGCAAUACCUCAGCCACCACUGUCGCAAAUAAUAUGGUCCGCACUUUUUCGAAAUCACUCCGCAUUGGAUUAAUGGUUGGGGUCGGAGGUGGGAUUCCAUCAGCUACUCGUGAUAUACGGCUUGGUGAUGUUGUGAUUAGCUGCCCAGAAGGCACUACCGGUGGGGUACUACAGUAUGAUAUGGGGAAAGUCGGUGCGGGCGGGGAGUUCCAUCGAAUUGGGUCUUUAAAUAGCGCCCCCAGAUCUCUAUUGACAGCAGUCAACUUGAUGAGGGCUUCUGAGCUAAGGGAUGAUCCCCGCUUCCUGGAAUAUCUCACUAGUGCAAUCGCAAGAAAUAGACGAACCCAGAAAAGCUUUGGCCGACCUAGCAUAGAACAAGAUCGGCUGUUUAAGCCUGAGCAUAAUCAUCCAGCGACUGCCAGCACCUGUUGUGGGUGUCUAGCAGAAUGGCAAGAGGCAAGAAGUGAACGCGAUAGCAGCGAUCCACAACCACAUUACGGUAUUAUUGCCUCUGGAAAUGCCGUCAUCAAAGAUGCAUGGACUCGGGAGCAGUUAAGGCUACAGACUGGAGCAUUGUGUUUUGAGAUGGAGGCAGCCGGGUUGAUGCUGGACUUUCCCUGUAUUAUCAUCCGUGGGAUAUGUGAUUACGCCGAUUCGCAUAAGAAUAAACAGUGGCAAGGAUAUGCAGCAUUAACAGCAGCAUCAUAUGCUAAAGAGCUACUUGGAUAUAUACCACUGGGACGUGUUUCGCAAGAGAGAUUAGUGGUGGAUGCAUGUAGUGGAUUAAGGGAUGAAGUAAAAGGAACAAAUAAAUUGCUGGAUCAAGCAUAUAAUCAACGAGAACAACACCAUCGUGAGAAAGUCAUAAGAGCUUUAACGGAUCAGCAAAAGCGUUGCCAUCAAGUUUUUAAGCUGUCGAGCAGCUACGAGCAGCAAAAAAACAUCAUCCCGAGAAGAGAGGAAGGGACCUGUCAGUGGGCCCUACAGAGCCCUAAAUAUACUUGUUGGUUGGAGAGUAAACAAAACGACCUCCUCUGGGUGUCGGCUGACCCAGGCUGUGGGAAGUCUGUGCUAGCCAGAUCGAUAAUCGACGACUACUUAGAAGCUUCUAAUCCAGUCAAGACUAUAUGUUACUUUUUUUUUAAGGACAACGACGAACAAAAUCAGCUUGCUUAUGCAUUAUGUUCAGUCCUCCAUCAGCUCUUUAGCCAGCGGCCUGGUCUAUUACACUAUGCUAUACCGUCCUGGGAAAAGUAUGGGGAGAGACUACAACAAGAGGUCGAUGAGCUUUGGCGGAUCUUUAUAGCUGCUGCAUCAGCCGAUCUAUCACAUCAAACUAUCUGUAUAUUUGAUGCACUUGAUGAAAGUCGUGAAAUCGAUCAGGGUCGAUUAAUUGAGAAGCUCUACUUGUUUCGACGCCAACCAUCUUCAUCAAAACAGGAUACAUACUUGAAAUUUCUGGUCACUAGUCGUCCUUAUGAUCAUAUAAAAGAUCAGUUCCGAGCAAUCACUGAUUCUUUCCCACAAAUACAUCUUAAAGGCGAGGAAGAAAAUGAUCGAAUCCAUGAAGAGAUUGAUCUAGUGAUAAAGAUUCGAGCGAGAGAACUUGCCGAAACAGUGCCACUAUCAACAGAUUUACAUCGACAAGUUGAAGAUCAGCUUUUGCAAAUGGGUCAUCGUACAUAUCUCUGGCUACAUCUAGCCAUCGAUGACAUCCGCGCUACUUUUAAGCACAGCCUUCGGCCUAAAGAGAAUUCGAUUAGACUAGUACCGUCUUCUGUGAAUGCAGCAUAUGAAAAAAUCCUUUACCGAGUCCCAAUUAAUCAAAUGGAUAUAGUCAAGAAGGUCUUGGAAAUCAUUGUGGCGGCACGGCGUCCUCUGACAAUACAAGAGAUGGCCAUUGCGCUGGGUAUUGCUACUAGUUCAGAUUCGCAAACGAUAAAACAGGCUGAACUAGAUCCAGUUGAUUUAGAAGAGAAGCUUCGGCAACUAUGUGGCUUAUUUAUUUUUACUCACAACUCAAAAAUCUAUCUCAUACAUCAGACGGCCAGGGAGUUUCUCAUUAAGAAAGGUUUCAACAAUCUCAAUUAUAAAUACUGGAGCAGCCUAUAUGAUGCGGAAGAUCUAAUGGCACAGAUCUGUUUGAGAUUCCUGUUAAUGGAUGAUUUAGAAUAUAAUAAAGACAAAUCAGGCUCACAUGCUGAAAGUUUCUUAGAAUAUUCAGGAGCACAUUGGGCUGGCCAUGUACGAGAGAUGACUCUGGAUUCAUAUCAAAAAGAAACCGAACGAAUACAUCGAUUAUAUGAUGUAAGUGGGAAAUCAUUUUCAAUAUGGUUUCCCAUCUUUUGGAAGGCAGCUAGGCCAUACGACAGAACGCCUAUGAUGAGUGCACUACAUCUGGCAGCGUUCAAUGGCCACGAACAAGAGAUAUACUCUAUACUCGAUGUCGAUGGAAGUGAUAUCAACACACCUGACAGUACAGUAACAUACCCGGUCAUGUGGGCCUCAUUAAAUGGGCAUGACAAGACCGUAGAACUGCUGUUGGAGCGGGGAGCCGAUAUCAACGCUCAGGGUGGAGAAUAUGGAAAUGCCCUCCAGUCUGCUUGUCGUGGAGGACACGAUAAGAUCGUGGAACUACUGCUAGAGCGGGGAGCCGAUGUUAAUGUCCAGGGUGGAUUCUACGAAAAUGACCUCCAGGCUGCUUGUCGUGGAGGAAACAAUAAAAUCGUGGAACUGCUGCUAGAGCAGGGAGCUGAUGUCAACGCCCAGAGUAGAAAGCACGGAAAUGCCCUCCAGUCUGCUUGUCGUGGAGGACACGAUAAUAUCGUGGAACUACUGCUAGAGCGGGGAGCCGAUGUUAAUGCCCAGGGCGGAUUCUAUGAAAAUUCCCUCCAAGCUGCCUGUCUCAGAGGACACAAUAAGAUCGUGGAAAUACUACUAAAGUGGGGAGCCGACGUCAAUGCCCAGAGCGGAAAGUACGGAAAUGCCCUCCAGUCUGCUUGCCGUGGAGGACAUAAUAAGAUCGUUGAACUGCUACUAGAGCAGGGAGCCGAUAUCAACGCCCAGAGUGGAAAGUACAGAAAUGCUCUCCAAUCUGCUUGCUUAGGUGGAUUCAAUAAGUUCUCAGUAUUACUAGCCGAUUCCAACAGCCAGGACGGAGAGUACAGAAAUACCCUCCAGGCUGCUUCUGAAUAUGAUAAGAUUGUGGAACUUCUGUUGGAACGGGGAGCCGAUGUCAACGCCCAGGGUGGGUUCUACGAAAAUGCCCUCCAGGCUGCUUGUCGUGGAGGACAUGAUAAGAUCGUUGAACUGCUGUUAGAACGGGGAGCUGAUACCAAGACCCAGAGUGGAAAGCACGAAAAUGCCCUCCAGGCUGCCUGUCUUAGAGGACACGAUAAUAUCGUGGAGCUACUGCUAGAGCGGGGAGCCGAUGUUAAUGCCCAGAGUGGAAAGUACGGAAAUGCCCUCCAGGCUGCCUGUCUUAGAGGACAUAAUAAGAUCGUGGAAAUACUACUAAAGUGGGAAGCCAACGUCAACGCCCAAAGUGGAAAGCACAGAAAUGCCCUCCAGGCUGCCUGUCUUAGAGGAUACGAUAAUAUCGUUGAACUGCUGCUAGAACGAGGAGCCCACAUCAAUGAUCAGAGUGGAAAGUACGGAAAUGCCCUUCAGGCUGCUUGUCGUGGAGGACACGAUAAUAUCGUGGAGCUACUGCUAGAACGGGGAGCCGAUGUCAACGCCCAGGGUGGAUUCUAUGAAAAUGCCUUCCAGGCUGCUUGUUUUAGAGGACAUUAUAAGAUCGUGAAACUGCUAGUAGAGCAGGGAGCCGAUAUUAACGCCCAGAGUGGAAAGUACGGAAAUGCCCUCCAGGCUGCCUGUCUUAGAGGAUACGAUAAGGUCGUGAAACUGCUGGUAGAGCAGGGAGCCGAUGUCAACGCUCAAGGUGGAAAGUACGGAAAUGCCCUCCAGGCUGCCUGUCUUAGAGGACACGAUAAUAUCGUGGAACUACUGCUAGAGCGGGGAGCCGAUGUUAAUGCCCAGAGUGGAAAGUACGGAAAUGCCCUCCAAGCUGCCUGUCUUAGAGGACAUAAUAAGAUCGUGGAAAUACUACUAAACUGGGAUGCCAACGUCAACGCCCAAAAUGGAAAGUACGGAAAUGCCCUCCAGGCUGCUUGUCGUGGAGGAUAUAAUAAGGUCGUUGAACUGCUACUAGAGCGGGGAGCCGAUGUCAACGCCCAGGGUGGAUUCUACGAAAAUGCCCUCCAGGCUGCUUGUCGUGGAGGACAUAAUAAGAUCGUGGAACUACUGCUAGAGCGGGGAGCCGAUGUCAACACCCAGGGUGGAGAAUACGGAAAUGCCCUUCAGGCUGCUUGUCUUAGAGGAUACGAUAAGAUCGUUGAACUGCUGCUAGAGCGGGGAGCCGAUGUCAACAUCCAGAGUGGAAAGCAUGGAAAUGCCCUCCAGGCUGCCUGUCUUAGAGGACACGAUAAUAUCGUGGAACUACUGCUAGAGCAGGGAGCCGAUAUCAACGCCCAGAGUGGAAAGCAUGGAAAUGCCCUCCAGGCUGCCUGUCUUAGAGGAUACGAUAAGAUCGUUGGACUGCUGCUAGAGCGGGGAGCCAAUGUCAACAUCCAGAGUGGAAAGCACGGAAAUGCCCUCCAAGCUGCCUAUCGUGGAGGAUACGAUAAGAUCGUGGAACUGCUGUUGGAGCGGGGAGCCGAUAUCAACGCCUAG